CUAGGUCACUGGUUUAGGGGCACGGGUUGAAUGAAAUAGUCUAAUUGCUACAGGAUAAUUUAACUUUAGUUUGAUUGUGUGAUAGACAAAGGUUUGUUCUUGGUAACAUAUGGUAUAAAAAUAAAUUGUUUAAAUAAUGUACUUUGCGAGAUAUAUAUGCAUUCACGUGAUCAAACAAUCGCUAUGGUGAUUUGUUGACAUCCGCCAUAUUGGAUGUUUGGAGAUGGUUGAAGUCGAUAUGUCCCUUCAUGCGAUAUUUUUGUCUGCUUAUGCACAAAGAAGGAAUCUGCAGUGGAUCAUGCGAUCAUAAAUGACUACACCAACAUGAAUCCUUCAACGCAAGACUAUGUGCAUUCUUCAGAUAUGUCGGAAUCGGAUAUGUCAAGUGUUGACCAUCUAGUUGGAAGCAAAAAAUGCCAAAUGAAUGGUGAUGUGGGGUUAGACCUACAAAUUAAUGGUGAUAUGGAUUUAUCAGCAAGGACUAAGAUAGAUAAUCAAAGAAACGAAGAUUUAGUAACAAGACUUAUUCAGCAGUGUGCAGAGUCUGGUGCUCAAUUUAUAGAUUUGAGUAGAAAGGGAUUAAAGCAAAUUCCAAGUGAACUUCUUCAAUUGAAUCAUUUAGAGUAUAUUUACUUGGAAGGUAACCAGUUAUGCCAUAUCCCAGAAAAUUUCUUUGAAUGCUUCCCAAGAUUGAAAUGGCUAGAUCUCAGGCACAACUAUAUUGUGAAUAUACCCAGUGCAUACAUUGGAAGCCAUCAGAAUCUGAGGAACUUGCUGUUAGAGCACAAUGAAUUGAAGUCACUCCCAUUGGAGCUAGGUCUAGUCAUGUCCCUAAAUGGGCUGAACAUUAAUAACAAUCCACUGGAGUUUCCCCCUGCUGAGGUUAUAGAGAAAGGAACUCAUGAUAUCCUCACAUAUCUCAGAGAACUCCUAUUUGCCAAAUCACAGGGAUUGCCUCUUAAUACAGAUCUCAGAUUAGACAAGCUGACAAUUCAUGAAGAAAAUGAGUCUUCUUCAAGUUCAAGGUCAGUCGAAGAAUUCAAGUCACUUCCUAGUAGUAAAUCAAGUAAACACAGAGGCUCAGUUCAGCACAGUGACUCAGAGACAUUUGGUCCAGUACCUCAGACUGCAGCACUACAUAAACCAAAAAGUUAUGAAGAGUUUAAACAACAACAGAUUGAAAAAUAUAAAAAGGCUGGUGCUCUGGGAAUGGUAGAAAGAAAAGAAGGGAAAAGAGUAAAAAAGAAAAAGAAGCCUGUGGAACUCGCCAAGUAUCCUUCUCCACCAUCAAUAGACCUCAUUCAACAAAAGGCCAGAGAGGAGCGAAAAUUAGCCAAGCACAGGGAGUUCAAUGAAAAGACUGAUGCUAUUUUGCAGAGAAGAAAAGACAUCGCUCAGCUGAAAGAAUGGAGAGAUGAAACUAAAAAACUGAAAGAAAAGAAGUACAUGGAAAGUGUCAGAAAAGGAACCAAAGAUUUCUUAGAUCCAGUAAAACAAGCUCCUUUUGGUAUUGAUGAGGAGCACAUAAAAGUGCCAACUAAUGAAGAAAGAAUAAAGCAUGAUGUGAGAGAGAAACAUGAAAGAAUUAGGAGGGCAAUAACUCCCAACACCAGACAGAAACUGGAAGAAGAAAGAAUUCAACGAGACAGAGAACUUGAAAAGAAAAUUAAAGCACACGUGUUUGAGAUGCAGGAGAGGCGUAAAAAACCAAAGGGUACACCAAAUGAAGAAAUGGAAGCUGCAAGGAAAGAACUGGCAAUUGCUGAGGAACUGAAGAAGGAACUUGCCCAGAGGAAGAAAGCAUUGGAGUACAGAUUUAAGGCAUUUACUGCAGAUUUCUAUGCAAGCUCUGCAAAGGGACCCAGGGCCAGAAUAACAUUCUAGUUGUAGAUUGUGCAGUGUUUUUCCAUGACCUCUAAAACAUGGCAAUAAUAUAAUAAGUCAAUAACAUUUCUCUGCAGGGAUUUUUUCAGUACAGCAGUAAAUCAAAUCAGCAAACAAAAUAUCAGCCAUCACAGACUUCCAUCAGUGGCCGAGUUACUUCAUAAAGAGUGGAAGGUCUUUGACCUUGGCAAGCUUAAAAAGCCCAAAUCAGAAAUGAUAUAGAAUGACCUACAUUUGCCCAUGCCUUAAAUGAUAGAAUUCUGAGAAAAGUACUCAGUAUAUCAAAUGUAGAUAUUAUCCUGCAUACUUCCAUCCAUUGCAGAGUAAGUUUUUUUUUCUUUUUUAGGUGAGAUACAAAUAUGAAAUUUCUGUGUAAAAAAAUUCCAGUUUUUACUGUGAUAGAGGUGCAAUUGUGAUUCUGGUUGUGCUAGACGUGAUUUUUUUAAAUGACAGUAUAAUCAAGAAAGUAUUUGUUUUCUCCUCCUGUAGGAAGCUGUCGAUUUGGAAGAGUCGCAAUGUUUGCCAAAUGUACCCUUAUGGUUUGUUGGUGGUAUUAUUAUUAUAAUACAAAUUGCUAUUAAAUUUAGUAUAAAAUUUA